GAGAGAGAGAGUUUACGUAGAGGACGUGAAGAAGAGCAGGUCAUGAAGCUUCUUAGCAUUAACACGCAGCUACGUAGCCAGCUUGCCAAACUCCUGGCCUAUAAAUACCAUUCAUUGAUUCAUCAAUAUCCUCAUCUUCCAAUCCAAUCUCCAAUUUCUAGAUCAGCAGUAUAAAUUAAAACCUUUUCUCAAUUUAUACUUAGUUUCUAUAUAUAUAGUUUUGUUUUGAUAUAUAUUGCUUCAUAUUAGGAAGCUAAGGAGAUAGAUCGAUGGUGUUGGUUAAGGGGAUGGAUGGGUCGACGUCGUUAAAGGGAGAAAAUGAGAAGAAUACUAAUGGUGUGAUAAAAGUAGAAGGAAGGGUAGUGCUGAUGAAGAAGAACGUGUUGGAUUUAAAUGAUUUGCAUGCAUCUGUUCUUGAUCGCCUUCAUGAGUUGCUUGGGCGUCGAGUGUCUCUGCAACUCAUUUCUGCUGUUCAUGCUGACCCAUCAAAUGAGCUGAGAGGGAAACUUGGAAGGCCAGCAUACUUAGAAGAGUGGAUUACAACAUUCACUGGUUUAGCUGCUGGGGAGUUUGCUUUCAAGGUUACAUUUGAUUGGGAUGAAGGGAUAGGAGUUCCGGGGGCACUGCUCAUAAGAAAUAACCACCAUAGUGAAUUCUACCUCAAGACUGUCACACUCGAGGAUGUUCCUGGUCACGGUCGGAUUCACUUUGUUUGUGAUUCAUGGGUUUAUCCGGCUAAGCGUUACCAAAAAGAUCGCAUUUUCUUCACUAAUAAGACAUAUCUUCCAAGCGAUACCCCGGUGCCACUAUGCAAGUAUAGGGAAGAAGAACUAGUGGGCCUGAGAGGAAAUAAAAAGGGAGAGCUCGAGGAAUGGGAUCGAAUUUAUGACUAUGCUUACUAUAAUGAUUUGGGAGACCCAGACAAGGGUCAAAACUACGCCCGGCCAGUUCUUGGAGGGUCUACCGAGUUCCCCUAUCCUCGUAGAGGAAGAACCGGUCGAGCACCAACCAAGACAGACCCAAAGAGCGAAAGCAGGCUGUCCCUGCUAGAUGGCUUAAACAUUUAUGUUCCAAGGGAUGAACGGUUCAGUCACUUGAAGAUGUCAGAUUUUCUCACUUAUGGAUUGAAAUCCAUUGGUCAGUUCCUUCUUCCAGAGCUAGAAUCCCUAUGUGACAUCACGCCAACUGAGUUUGACGCAUUCCAAGAUGUACUAGACCUCUAUGAAGGAAGUAUCAAGCUACCAGAUGAUCCUUUGCUAAACAAAAUUAAGGAAAACAUCCCAUUUGAAAUGCUCAAGGAACUUGUUCGAACAGAUGGCGAAGGACUCCUCAAAUUCCCAAUGCCCCAAGUAAUCAAAGAGGAUAGGUCUGCAUGGAGGACAGAUGAAGAAUUCACAAGAGAAAUGCUAGCGGGCGUAAACCCUGUUAACAUCCGUCGUCUCCAAGAGUUCCCGCCAGCGAGCAAGCUGGAUCCUAAAGUAUAUGGAAACCAGAACAGUUCAAUAACCAAAAAACACAUUGAGAAGAUCCUAAAGGAGCUGACAGUUGAGGAGGCAAUCAAGACCAACAAGCUAUUCAUAUUAGAUCACCAUGAUGCACUGAUGCCAUACCUUAGGCGAGUAAACACUACUUCGACGAAAACUUAUGCCACGAGGACUCUCCUCUUCCUGAAAGAUGAUGGAACUCUAAAGCCUCUUGCUAUUGAAUUAAGCUUGCCACAUCCUGAAGGGGAUCAACAUGGUGCCAUUAGCAAAGUAUUCACACCGGCAGAACAUGGUGUGGAAGGCUCCCUUUGGCAGCUGGCUAAGGCUUAUGUUGCUGUAAACGACUCUGGCUAUCAUCAGCUUAUCAGCCAUUGGUUGAAUACCCAUGCAGUGAUUGAGCCAUUUGUGAUAGCAACGAGCAGGCAGCUGAGCGCGCUUCAUCCAAUUUAUAAGCUUUUGCAUCCCCACUUCCGCGAUACAAUGAAUAUAAAUGCUAUCGCUCGGCAAUUGCUUAUCAAUGCCGGUGGAAUACUUGAGAUGACAGUGUUCCCCUCAAAGUUUUCAAUGGAAUUGUCAGCUGUUGUUUAUAAGGAAUGGGUGUUCCCAGAGCAAGCACUCCCUGCAGAUCUCAUCAAGAGAGGAGUGGCAGUUCAAGACACAAAUGGCCCCCACGGCCUACACCUGCUAAUAGAAGACUACCCAUAUGCUGUUGAUGGGCUUGAGAUCUGGUCUGCAAUCAAAACAUGGGUUGAAGAGUAUUGCUCCUACUACUACCAUACAGAUGAAAUGAUCCAGGCAGAUCACGAGCUUCAGCAAUGGUGGAAGGAACUUCGAGACGAAGGUCAUGGUGACAAAAAGGAUGAGCCCUGGUGGCCUAAACUGGAUAACGUCCAGGACCUAACACAAACAUGCACCAUUAUCAUAUGGGUAGCUUCUGCUCUCCAUGCAGCAGUCAACUUUGGACAGUACCCUUAUGCAGGAUAUCUCCCAAACCGUCCGACCAUGAGCCGCCGGUUUGUCCCGGAACCAGGAAGUCCUGAGUAUGAGGAGCUGAAGUCAAACCCAGACAAGGUUUUCUUGAAAACCAUUACUGCUCAGCUGCAGACCCUUCUUGGCAUUUCCCUGAUAGAGAUUCUGUCAAGGCAUUCCAGUGACGAGGUUUAUCUGGGACAAAGAGCUACUCCUGAAUGGACUUCUGAUGCAGCACCAUUGGAAGCCUUUGAGAGGUUUGGGAAGAGGCUGGGGGAGAUUGAGAAUAGAAUUACAGAAAUGAACAAUGACUCAAGGUGGAAGAACAGAGUUGGGCCAGUCAAUAUGCCAUAUACAUUGCUGUUUCCUAGCAGUGAAGUUGGUCUCACUGGCAAGGGGAUUCCCAAUAGCACCUCAAUCUGAUUCUUUACUCGUUGGAUUCAUUCUCUCCCACUUAAUGUUCUUCAAUUUGUUCUUUCACUUCUGCCACAAGGCAUGUGCAGUUAGUCUAAAUAAAUGCAUGUAUAGGUGCUCACAGUAUUUAUAAUUUCUUAAGAUAAAUGCUUAUGUGAUUGAUAAUGGGGAUUGGGUUCAAAAAAUCCCAUGUGAUUUCUAAAUUCUUUCUCAUGUGAUUAGUUGUUUUUGGAAACUUAAUAAAGGGCUCUUGCAAAUCCUUUUUUU